UAUUCACCUGUAAUCUCGCGAGAGUCUCUCACUUGGCGAGAGUUUAACACGGAAGUAACUAGAAACUUCCCAGUUCGGUUUUCCCCACAACUUUUACACCCACACGCCUCACUGUGCAUCAAUACCAACGUAAACCCCCAGAAUUACUUGACAAUCGAAGUAGUCGUAGUUUUCGACGAAGUUUCCAGGGAAGAAAUGUGACUGUCGAAAGCUAUCAAGUCGUUUAGGGCGACAACCAGGCGGUAAGACGGCCGGGGCACUCCUGUGGUCUGUGCACGUAGGUCGAAGAUCCGGUGUGAUCGUGAGAAAAACGGAUAAAUCCGACAAUGAUGACAUUCCACUGUGACAUGACGUACAGCAUCAUCAGUUGACCCAAAAUUCAACUUGUUAGAAAGUUUGCCUGCCAAGGACGUCAACGUAAUACUCUUGCAACACCCCAGUCGCUAAAUAAUCUGAUUGGGUGGAAACCCUCGUUACCAUGGCAACAAACGCGCCAACACAGGACACUGACGGGGAAAACUACGACAGCAUCCCGGCGCGAUACCUCGGAGUACAGACGCGUAAAAAACUGGCGUUGUGGCUGAACCCCCCUCGUGUGGGGGGCACGAACUGGGAAGACCUGGCAGACGAAAUGGGUUUCGAGUACAUCGAAAUCGAGAACUUUAAGCUUAACAACAGUCCGAUGUACGAGGUCUUACACAUCUGGUCGCUGAAGGAAAACGCAACCAUAGGACAACUCAUACAGAUGCUGAAGCAUAUAGAGAGGUUUGAUGUUCUAGAUGAAAUACAGUCUUCACUAGCAAAAGACAUCAGUAAGUACAGAGAAAGAUCGUCGUCACCAAUGCCAGUCCAGGUGCCAGAAGUCAGUACUGGUAACUAUCCCAAUGUACCUACCACGUCUGAGCUACACGGUAUUACACUACAGGAUGAUCCUUAUGGUGUUGACAAGGAGCUAUUCGACGCGUACGUGUGUUACUGUAAGGAGGACCGAGACUUUGUGAUCCAGAUGGUGGAGAAACUGGAGAGCUCAGAGUUUGGACGUCGUCUGAAGCUGUGCAUCGACGACCGUGACCUUCUGCCAGGCACAGCAUACCUCACGGUCACAGCAGAGCUCAUCGAGAACAGAUGUAAGCGUAUGGUGGUGGUCCUAUCACCUGAGUUUCUGGACAGCCCUGAGUGUGACUUCCAGACUAAAUAUGCCAUGAGUCUGUCUCCAGGAGCAAAGAAGCAGCGACUGAUUCCAGUGAUGUACAAACAAAUCGAAGUUCCGCAGUUGUUACGUUUUGUCACCGUCAUCGACUAUGUUAAGGACGAACUUAAAACCUGGUUCUGGCAUCGACUAGCGAAGGCCUUGUCUCGACCCAUAAAACAUUGAAUGUUGUAAAACUGUUUUUCUAUCUACCAAUGCAAAGAAUUUAUGUAGAUUUUUGACCAACAUUUGGUCUUGGACCCAGUUUACACACAAGCAAAACCUGUAUAAAAAUUGUGUAUGUAUGCGAGCGUACAAAAAUUGUGUACAUUGAAUUUUUUCUGCAUGUAAAUUGGUUUCCUUAGACAUACACAAAGAAUGUACAUUCAGAUAGUAUGCCAGGCCUCGAGGUAACAAAGAAUCUGAACAUACAAUCUCUUGACAUAUGUCAAAGAUGCACAAAAAAUUGAUUUGUGCAACUUUCGUAUGCUCACGUGAGUACACAGUUUUUGUACAUCAGGUUUUAGCCCACGUAUGUAAAUGGUUUUUACAAUGGUCUACUAUGUAUUCAGGCUCCCUGAUUUGUGCUCGGGGCAGUCUCCAGCUUGCUGACUUGUGACCAGGGCAGUCUCCAGCAUCUGUGUUUCUGUCAUUGGACAGAAUUUGACCACUCAGGACAAACAUUUAACAUUGGAGCCAUUCCGUCGCACUUGACAGAAAAAAAUUGAAUCUUUAUUCAUUUUCAUCAACUCCUCAGCAGUGCUACAAAGUAUCCACAUAAUUAAGAGGAAGCUAUUUUAGAUUUGGCACCCGAAAUUUGGAUUGGAAGAAACAAUCCAAACUUUUGAAUUUAUAACACAGGUUACUUGUAUUGGGGUCAAGCAAAAGGUUAACUACAAACUGUACAAAUCCACUCUGUAGGUGUAUAAUAUUAGCAUUUCUAUGCAACUUGGGACUUGCGAAGAGUAGGGGUGACCUAGUGUGCUUGGCUAUAAAAUAUAAGCUACUAGAAAAAACAUUAUGCUUCACCUUAGGCCACACCAAUUUAAUUUGUUUAGAUUCGCCUCUUCAUUUUUUUCUGAUCUGCAAAAAAAAAAAAACAUUUCAG